CCUUCUAAUCCAUGUGUUACAUACUCUGGAGACUGGACGAGAGAGAGAGAGAAAGAUAGAUAGAUAGAUAGAUAGAGAGAGAGAGAGAGAGAGAGAGACACACACACACACACACAGAGAGAGAGAGAGAGAGAGAGAGAGAGAGACGUUCGUUAAGAAGUGUGGGAGCUGAAAGUCGAUGAGUUCACAUGUGCGGACACAUAUAUACGCAGAUGGGAGAGCGAGAGAGAUGGAUUACGCUUACGCAGCUCCUGAUAGGCAAAUGGGUUGCUUUCCCUUGGGCAGGAUGAUAUCUAAAGUCAUCAAGAAAUGCAACGGGCGGAGAGGACGGACGAGGCACGAGCAUCUGGACUACGCCAUGGCGCACCCUCACGCUCAAACACACUACGUGCGGCCAGACGCACGCACGGUCACCUACACCACCACCAGCAACCCUCCCAGCUCCCACGCGAUGCCGGCGCAGCAACCGCCAGUCCACGGCCCGUACGGCCCUGCCGCCGGCGCGCCGCCUCGAGCAGACGGCAAGCCACGCAAGCGCAAGAAGUCCAAGUCCAAGUCCAAGCACGUCCGGUUCAACACGCCGGGGCCGGGGCCGGGGCCGGGGCCGCCGCCGAGCGCUGCCGACGCGUACCAGCAUCAGCAUGCACCGCCGGCGGCAGGGACGAGCGGUGACGCGGCGUACGGCGACCAGCACCAGCACCACGCGGCGGCCUCCCACGCGUACGCCCCAGCGCCGCCGCAGGGGCACGGGCACGGGUACGGAUACGGAUACGGCAGGUACGCGCCGUCGCCGCUGACGCGGUGGGAGAUGCUGGGCGCCGGGGGCACGCCGAGGCGGCACGAGUACUUCUCAGGCGAGUACCGGUGGUACUACCCCACCCCGGUGCGCGAGGGCAUCUACAGCAUGGCCACUGACGCCAACCGGCUCACGGCCAUCUUCAGCGAGGAGAAUCCCAACGCUUGCACCAUAGUCUGAACCACUGGGCGGUCAGUGCUCAGGGAAUAAUUUGUGUUUUCUGAAUAUUUUUUCGUACAGUAGUAAUUAUGCGAAUAUGAUGCUUGCAGUAGUGUGUAGAACAGUAGGGGAGGCUAAUGGCAGUAGUGUGUUUUAGUUUUGUGAUGAACACCGUAAAGUUUAGUGGUGCUCUCUGGCUGGUGGAAUGGAUUUGUUCUAUGGUUCGGCUUAUAUUC